CAGGCUGGGGUACAGAGGGGUGGUCCCCCAGCAUCAGCACACAGUUUUUGUUCUGUCUGAAAACACUGUAAAUGUUGUGGUAUGGACUCUGUAGUACAGAAAUGGGAGCAGGCAAAUGCAUCCUGGGGCUCUGAAUCACGAAGGGAAAGCAGGCAGCUUUGGUUUGUUAUUAUUUUUGUUUUAGUAAAAACAUACUUCCCACAGCAACUUUUAAAACUUCCACGUGGCACAGAAGGGGAUCAGUUCCAGUUGAUAUGAGCCUGGACGAAGAGAGGGAGGAAAUAACUUGAUUGCUUUAGACUUCAGUUCAGCUGGAGUCGAGAGGAAAGAAUCAGUGUCCCUUUAUUUGGAAUUCAGCAAGGAGGUCGUGUUCCUGGUGAGGACAGAUCCUCUGCCUGUCUUCUGGAGGAAACUCUCGUUGGUAGAGGGUUGCCUGUUACUCUCUCUUAAUUCUGCUGCUCACAUCUGGAAAGGAUCUGGCUUGGAAAGGGGAGACUCGCUCUGAGCUCAGCGCAUGUAACUGACAUGGCAUGAGCCGCGGGAGCCUGUGGGGGCAAGAGAAAUGUUCUUCUCCAUUCAUCUGAUUUCUGACAGCAAAGGGGCGAUGCCGGCCGGCGGCCGGGCGCUGCUGGCGCUGCUGGCUCUGGGCUGCGCCGCCGCCGCCCGCAACGACUUCCCCGAGCGGCGUCCGCCCGGCCCGGCCCCGGCCCCAGCCUCAGCCUGUCCCCGAGACUGCGGCUGCACCCAGGAGGGCGUCGUGGACUGCGGCGGCAUCGACCUGAAGGAGUUCCCGCUGCUGCUGCCCGAGCUCACCAACCACCUCUCCCUGCAGAAUAACCAGAUAGAAGAAAUCUUUCCAGAAGAGCUUGCUCGGCUUUACAGACUAGAAACGCUCAAUUUGCAAAACAACAGGCUAACUUCGAAAGGGUUGCCAGAGGAAGCAUUUGAGCAUCUGGAGAACCUGAAUUACCUGUACCUGGCAAACAAUAAGCUAACAGUGGCUCCAAAAUUCCUACCAAGCACCUUGAUCAGUGCAGACUUUGCAGCCAAUUAUCUCACUAAGAUCUAUGGGCUCACUUUUGGACAGAAACCAAACCUGAGAUCUGUGUAUCUUCACAACAACAAACUUUCAGAUGCUGGGUUACCUGAUAAUAUGUUCAAUGGCUCUAAUAAUGUGGAGAUACUCAUCAUGUCCAGCAAUUUCUUGAAGUAUGUUCCAAAGAAUCUCCCUCCAGCACUAUAUAAAUUACACUUAAAGAACAACAAGCUGGAGAAGAUUCCCAAAGGAGCCUUCAGUGAACUCACAGGUCUGCGGGAGCUGUAUUUACAGAAUAACUACUUGACAAAUGAAGGAAUGGACAAUGAAACCUUCUGGAAAUUGUCUAGUCUGGAAUAUCUAGAUUUGUCCAGCAAUAACCUCUCACAAAUCCCAAGUGGUUUACCUCGAAACAUCGUCCUCCUUCACCUGGAGAAGAAUGCAAUUAAAGUGAUUGGCAGAGAUGUCUUGACCCAAAUUAAGAACCUGGAGUAUCUUCUGCUCCACAAUAACAAAUUGAAAGCCCGAGGUAUUCACCCACUAGCCUUCCAGGGCUUAAAGAAGCUGCACACUGUCCACCUGUACAACAACAUGCUGGAAAGGAUUCCCAGUGGGCUGCCCCGGCGAGUGAAAACACUUAUGAUCCUUCAUAACCAGAUCUCUGAGAUUAACAGGAAUGACUUUGCUACCACUUACUUCCUUGAAGAGCUGAACCUGAGCUACAAUAAGCUCAAAAGUCCCCAGAUCCACCGGGAGGCUUUCCGCAAACUAAGGCAACUAAAGUCCUUGGAUCUCUCUGGAAACAACCUCAACACGGUGCCCUUUGGCUUUCCAAAGAACUUGCAGAUUCUGAAGCUGAAGGAGAAUGAGAUAAGCAUCAUCCCAAAAGGAACUUUGUCUGGGAUGACAAAGCUGCGGGAAUUAUAUUUGAGCAACAAUAAACUGAAAGUAAAUUCAAUUUAUUUGGGUGCAUGGAGAGAACUCAGCAGUCUCCAGUCACUAGACAUGGCUGGCAACCAGCUGACUGCUAUCCCAUCAGACCUGCCAGAAUCUCUGGAGUAUCUCUAUCUUCAGAACAACAAGAUCACAACAAUUUCAGAGAGUGCUUUUGAAUCCACACCCAAAAUAAAGGGGAUUUACCUCAGGUUUAAUAAGAUUGCUGUUGGAGCCCUGAAGGAAAGUAUCUUCCAAAACCUAAAGCACUUACAAGUCCUGGAUAUUGAAGGGAACCUUGAAUUCAGCAACAGUUCAAAGAAUAGGGAUGACUCAGAAGAGGAAAUGGAAGAUGAGGAAGAGGAAGAAGAACUGAGAUAAAACAUGAAUUCACACAGUCACAUCAUGUGGCAGGAAAGCAUAUGGAAAAUUACAUAUGUCUAUGUGUAGAUAUCUCUACAGAUAUACAGAGAACACUUAGCAAAACGUGCAAUGAAUUACGCAGAAACUGUCAUGGCACUGGGCCAGGCUUAUGGAAGACAAUGUGUUACAGUGCCUUAUUCAGGGAGAGACCCUGAAUGCCUUUCCAAAGCUUCCAAAUCAUCUUAUACAAGACCCAGGAUCAUAAGGGAUUGCUCUGGAACUCACAAAAGCUGGCUUUUGUUUCUUCUGUUUCUCUUCCUUCACUGUUUCCAUCUGUAAUAACAAUAUGGGACUGUUUUGAAACAUGCCUUCAAAGGCUGUUUUUGUCACUGCAUUUUAAAUGAACCAUGUAUAUGCUUCUUCUCUUUUCCUCCACCCCAAAGAAGCUGUAACUGAUCAGGAAAGAUGGGUAUUUGCAAUAGUUUCAUGUGUGGAGCAGUAUAUGAGGCAUUUUGGUCAUCAAGCAGCAGUAAUAAUUCUGGAUGCAACUAUUCCUCUGUUAUAACAAUGUGUAUAUUUGGAUGAGAAAAAAAAAGUAAGGCUGGAUCCCAUAAUAUUUUAUCUCUACUGCCAAAGCCUGCAAUGUAUUCCUGUUUUAGAAAGGUUUUAAGAUGAAACAAUUGCUCUUGUGAAUAUAUAUAUAUAAAAUCUGUAUGUCUGCUUUCCAGAGCUCUGGUAAAGUUUCUGUCUUGGUGUUGUUUGCCCAUGUGGCAAUUGUGUAAAUAUCUCUGAAGGUAUACCCAGAAGGUUGAGUAACAAUAUGCAGCUUAAUAUAUGUGGUAGAAUCUUUCACAUAUUGUAGAUCAUUCCCAUUAAGAGUCAGAAGUGAGACAACUAAACCAAAAUGGAUAAGUGUGGGAUGUCUGAGGAGAAAGCUGUUAAGUGUCAAGAGAAAUUUGUUUAGUUCCAAUCUGGAGCCAGUACCUGCUGUCAUACUCUUUGAAAGCCUCACCUAUUUUAUGGUGUUCAGUAAUCUCAGCUCCUGUUGGAAUCAUGGAAAUUGAAGAAACCAAGAUAAAGAAGGCCUAUAGAGGUACCUGGAUAGCAAGUUUCUUUUUUGAUUAAAAUGUCCUUCACCUGAGGCAGCU